UAUAAAAGGAAAUAGUGAGCGAGUAACAUCUCAGACUCCUAUACUCCGGUGGGAAGAAGAACCUAAAAUGUUUGCAGUAACAGUUUGUAUCCUGGGAUUGCUCCAUUUGAGCGCUGCCUGCAACUUGUCAGGCGUCUGUACAGACCUGACUUCAGUUCAGCAGGAGAUCGUGGAUCUACACAACGCCUACCGAAGGACUGUGAAGCCGCCUGCCAGCAACAUGCUGAAAAUGCGUUGGAGCGAUGCAGUGGCAGAGUCAGCUCAAGGCUGGAUUGAUCAGUGUAACAUGACACAUGGACCACCGAGCAGCCGUCUGAUUGACGGAUAUGAAAUGGGUGAAAAUCUCUUCAAGGGCUCUGCGCUUUAUUCAUGGACUGAUGUGAUAAAUGCCUGGCACAGCGAAGUCAACAAUUAUGAAUAUCCCACCGGAUCCACCAACGGUCAGCCGACUGGACAUUACACACAGGUGGUGUGGUACAGCUCGUAUGAGGUCGGUUGUGCCAUGGCUAAGUGUGGAAGCUCCUACUUCUACGGAUGCCAUUACUACAGAGCAGGGAAUUUCAGAGGAGUCCCACCGUACUCGCUGGGUGAUCCAUGUGCUGCCUGUCCGGACCACUGUGAAGACGAUCUGUGCACUAAUCCCUGUCCGUACGUCAACACGGUCACCAAUUGCGAUGAACUGAAAGAGAUGGCCACUUGUGACCACUCCCUGGUGAGCCAGUGGUGUCCAGCCAGUUGUCAAUGUGAAGACAAAAUCAUCCCCAUUGCGAGGAAAUGAAAUCUACCAUGACCAUAUAUCAAAUGAAGCACAGGCUUUUUUGGAGAGUUGAUGCACAUCUUACCUAUAAUGUGAAAUAUAUAUUCUAACUUCUUUCUAUGUCUGUUCUUUCUAUGUGGAAUACCUCAAAUAGGCUAAUUAUUAAAAAUCAAGGGUACUGUAUUAAUAAUAUGAUGGAAAAGCUUACAAUCACAUAUAAUCACAUAUAAGUAAAGUCAUUUGUGUUUUAAAGCCUUGUACAUCCUGAAAACAAUAGCUGGAGAAGGCACAACUUAAAACAGAAAACCGGAUACAUCUCAAAUGACAGACUGCUGGCAGUAAAGAGUUUGGUCACAAAGUACUGUAUAUUGUGCUGAAAUGUUCAUGUAAUGAACUCUGUUCCAUAAUCCUGCAGUUUAUAUAACCACAUCACUUGAUUAAAAUCAUUCAAAUGAUUUUAGACCAUGUCAUUAUGCUUCACAAAUUCAUGUAUGUCCAUAUUAAAUCAUCAAGCCACGAGAAGCUGUA